AUGACUCAUGUGCAAGAUAUCGAGCCGCCUGCGUGCUGCCGCCGGAGCAGGGCGCCGAGUCCAUGCGAACUGCCAUCUGAUCCGCUCUUAUCAAUGAAGCAGCCGAUCAUGGCGGAUGGCCCCCGGUGCAAGAGGCGCAAACAAGCCAAUCCCAGGAGGAAAAACGUGCUCAACUAUGACAAUGUAGUGGACACGGGCUCCGAGACCGAUGAGGAGGACAAGCUUCAGAUUGCUGAGGAGGACGGGCUGGCCAACCCCCUGGACCAGGAGCGGAGUCCAGCUGGCGUGGCCAACCAUGAGUCCUCCCCGCACGUGAGCCAAGCUCUGCUGCCCAGAGAGGAAGAGGAAGAUGAGAUAAGGGAGGGCGGAGUGGAACAUACCUGGCACAGCAGCGACAUUCUGCAAGCCUCUGUAGAUGGUCCAGAAGAAAUGAAGGAAGACUACGACACUAUGGGGCCGGAAGCCAUGAUCCAGACCACAAUUAACAAUGGUACAGUUAAGAAUGCAAAUUGCACAGCAGACUUUGAGGAGUACUUUGCCAAAAGGAAACUGGAGGAACGCGAUGUGCACGCGGUCAGCAUUGAGGAGUACCUUCAGCGCAGCGACACGGCCAUCAUUUACCCAGAGGCCCCCGAGGAGCUGUCUCGCCUUGGCACGCCCGAGGCCAAUGGGCAGGAAGAAAAUGACCUGCCACCUGGAACUCCAGAUGCUUUUGCCCAACUGCUGACCUGCCCCUACUGCGACCGGGGCUACAAGCGCUUGACAUCCCUGAAGGAGCACAUCAAGUACCGCCACGAGAAGAACGAGGAGAACUUCUCCUGCCCUCUGUGUAGCUACACGUUUGCCUACCGCACCCAGCUCGAGCGGCAUAUGGUGACGCACAAGCCAGGGACAGAUCAGCACCAAAUGCUGGCCCAAGGAGCAGGUAAUCGCAAGUUCAAAUGCACGGAGUGCGGCAAAGCCUUCAAGUAUAAACACCAUCUGAAAGAACACCUGCGAAUUCACAGCGGUGAAAAACCAUACGAGUGCCCAAACUGCAAGAAACGUUUCUCCCAUUCCGGUUCCUACAGUUCACACAUCAGCAGCAAAAAGUGUAUUGGUUUAAUCUCUGUAAAUGGCCGAAUGAGAAAUAAUAUCAAGACGGGUUCUUCCCCUAAUUCUGUUUCUUCUUCUCCUACUAAUUCUGCCAUUACCCAGUUGAGAAACAAAUUGGAGAAUGGAAAACCACUCAGUAUGUCUGAACAAACAGGCUUACUUAAAAUUAAAACAGAACCACUAGACUUCAAUGACUAUAAAGUUCUUAUGGCCACACACGGGUUCGGCGGCACUAGUCCCUUUAUGAAUGGUGCACUUGGAGCCACCAGCCCUUUAGGAGUUCCUCCGUCCGCUCAGAGUCCAAUGCAGCACUUAGGCGUAGGGAUGGAAGCCCCUUUACUCGGAUUUCCCACAAUGAAUAGUAAUUUAAGCGAGGUACAAAAGGUUCUACAGAUUGUGGACAAUACGGUUUCCAGGCAAAAAAUGGACUGCAAGGCUGAAGAAAUUUCCAAGUUGAAAGGUUAUCACAUGAAGGAUCCAUGCUCUCAACCUGAGGAACAAGGAGUUACCUCUCCUAAUAUUCCGCCCGUAGGUCUUCCAGUAGUGAGUCAUAACGGUGCCACUAAAAGUAUUAUUGACUACACAUUAGAGAAAGUCAACGAAGCCAAAGCUUGCCUCCAGAGCUUGACUACUGACUCAAGGAGACAGAUCAGUAAUAUAAAGAAAGAGAAGCUACGUACGCUAAUAGAUUUGGUCACUGAUGACAAAAUGAUGGAGAAUCACAGCAUAUCCACUCCGUUCUCGUGCCAGUUCUGUAAAGAAAGUUUUCCUGGCCCCAUUCCCUUGCAUCAGCAUGAACGUUACCUUUGUAAAAUGAAUGAGGAGAUCAAGGCAGUCCUGCAACCUCAUGAAAACAUAGUUCCCAACAAAGCUGGAGUUUUUGUUGAUAAUAAAGCCCUCCUCUUGUCAUCUGUACUUUCUGAGAAAGGAAUGACAAGCCCCAUCAACCCAUACAAGGACCACAUGUCUGUACUUAAGGCAUAUUAUGCUAUGAACAUGGAGCCCAACUCUGAUGAACUGCUGAAAAUUUCCAUUGCUGUGGGCCUUCCUCAGGAAUUUGUGAAGGAAUGGUUUGAGCAACGAAAAGUCUACCAGUAUUCAAAUUCCAGGUCACCAUCACUGGAGAGGAACUCCAAGCCGUUAGCUCCCAACAAUAACCCUCCCACGAAAGACUCUUUAUUACCCAGGUCCCCCGUAAAACCUCUGGACUCCAUAACAUCGCCAUCGAUAGCGGAACUCCACAACAGCGUUACGAAUUGCGAUCCUCCUCUCAGGCUAACAAAACCUUCCCAUUUUACCAAUAUUAAACCAGUUGAAAAAUUGGACCACUCCAGGAGUAACACUCCUUCCCCCUUAAACCUUUCCUCCACCUCUUCUAAAAACUCCCACAGUAGUUCUUACACUCCAAACAGCUUCUCUUCCGAGGAGCUCCAGGCUGAGCCUUUGGACCUGUCAUUACCAAAACAAAUGAAGGAACCCAAAAGUAUGAUAGCCACAAAGAGCAAAACAAAAGCUAGCAGCAUAAACUUAGACCACAACAGUGUUUCUUCGUCAUCUGAAACCUCAGAUGAGCCUCUAAACUUGACUUUUAUCAAGAAGGAGUUUUCAAGUUCAAAUAAUCUGGACAACAAAAGCACUAACCCAGUGUUCGGCAUGAACCCAUUUAGUGCCAAACCUUUAUAUACAGCUCUUCCUCCACAAAGCGCAUUUCCCCCUGCCACUUUCAUGCCACCAGUCCAGACCAGUAUCCCUGGGCUACGACCAUACCCAGGACUGGAUCAGAUGAGCUUCCUACCACAUAUGGCCUAUACCUACCCAACUGGAGCAGCUACUUUUGCUGAAAUGCAGCAAAGGAGAAAAUACCAACGGAAACAAGGAUUCCAGGGAGAAUUGCUUGAUGGAGCACAGGACUACAUGUCAGGCCUAGAUGACAUGACAGACUCCGACUCCUGUCUGUCUCGAAAGAAGAUCAAGAAGACAGAGAGUGGCAUGUAUGCGUGUGACUUAUGUGACAAGACAUUCCAGAAAAGCAGUUCCCUUCUGCGACACAAAUACGAACACACAGGAAAGAGACCACACCAGUGCCAGAUCUGCAAGAAAGCCUUCAAACACAAGCACCACCUGAUCGAGCACUCGCGGCUGCACUCGGGCGAGAAGCCCUACCAGUGCGACAAGUGCGGCAAGCGCUUCUCGCACUCGGGCUCCUACUCGCAGCACAUGAACCACCGCUACUCCUACUGCAAGCGCGAGGCGGAGGAGCGCGAGGCUGCGGAGCGCGAGGCGCGCGAGAAGGGCCACCUGGAGCCCGCGGAGCUGCUGCUGGGCCGCGCGUACCUGCAGAGCAUCACCCCGCAGGGCUACUCGGACUCGGAGGAGCGGGAGAGCGUGCCGAGGGACGGCGAGGGCAGCGAGAGGGAGCACGAGAAGGAGGGCGAGGACGGCUACGGGAAGCUGGGCAGGCGGGACGGGGACGAGGAGUUCGAGGAGGAGGAGGAGGAAAGCGAGAACAAGAGCAUGGAUACGGAUCCCGAGACGAUACGGGACGAGGAGGAGGCCGGGGAGCACUCCAUGGACGAUAGCUCGGAGGAUGGGAAGAUGGAAACCAAAUCAGACCACGAGGAGGACGCUAUGGAAGACGGCAUGUAA